GGCAGACACUUUCACCCCAGAGAUGAUCAAAAAAUCUCUCGACCCCUUUCAUAUUCUUUCUUUUUCAUCUUCUGGUCUUUUCUUGUUCAAUAACCGGAGGUUUUGAUUGGACAAUGUUCCUGUUGUCUGCAAUCAAAAAUCUCCAUUUUUCAUGUUCCAAAACAGUUAAAUUUAUAGAUCUUGUUUUGCAGAAUUUGGAUUUAUAGAAGAGGUAAAAGCUGGUGUUUUAUGAAUCUGGGUUUGGUCAAAUUAUUAAUCUUUUCUCUUUGACGAUUUAUAGGAAUCGAAUCAAAUUGCCGAAAGGAUUAAAGAACAAUGGGGGUGGAUUAUUAUAACAUAUUAAAGGUGGAGAAGAAUGCAACAGAUGAUGAUCUAAAAAAAUCAUAUAGGAAAUUGGCAAUGAAAUGGCAUCCCGACAAGAACCCUAGAGAUAAAAAUGCAGCUGAAGCCAAGUUCAAGCAGAUCUCUGAAGCCUAUGAGGUCUUGAGUGACCCUCAAAAGCGAGCAGUUUAUGAUCAGUACGGUGAAGAAGGGUUGAAAGAUAUGCCGCCGGCGGGUAGUGGCGGACCAUCAUUUGGAAAGGGAAGCAGUGGACAAAAUGGGUUUAAUCCUAGGAAUGCAGAGGACAUAUUUGCAGAGUUCUUUGGAAAUAGUCCCUUCGGAUUCGGGUCAUUUGGACCUGGUCGGUCUGGUCGAUUCCACUCUGAUGGAGGGAAGUUGGGAGGGUUUAGUUCCACUGACAACAGGAAACCUCCACCGGUCGAGAGCAAAUUGCCUUGCAGCCUUGAGGAGUUGUACACUGGAUCAACAAGGAGGAUGAAGAUCUCUAGAACCGUUGUCAAUGCUUUAGGGCGGCAAGUUCAGGAAUCGGAAAUAUUAACCAUUGAUGUAAAGCCAGGGUGGAAGACAGGAACGAAGAUAACAUUCUCGGAUAAAGGAAACGAGCUGCCGAAUCAGCUUCCGGCAGACCUCGUAUUCGUAAUCGAUGAGAAACCCCAUGACUUGUACAAAAGAGAUGGCAACGACCUCAUUGUUUACCAAAGGGUGUCACUGGCAGAUGCCCUUGGGGGUACAACAAUAAACCUGGUUACUCUCGAUGGCCGUUACUUGUCAUUGCCCGUAACCGAUAUUAUCAACCCAGGUUACGAGCUUGUCGUCGCUAGGGAAGGAAUGCCAAUCGCAAAGGAGCCUGGUAAUAGGGGUGAUCUUAAGAUCAAAUUUGAGGUGAAGUUCCCUACAAAGUUGACACCAGAGCAAAGAGACGAACUGAAACAAACCUUGUGGGGGUGAAGUAGGAAUAUUUCAUAUGCACCACCCAAGUUGAACUCAAUCACCAAAGCUGUAUACUAAACUCUCAACAAUCAAAUAUAUCUUCCAACACCUUUAGUCAAAA